CGGCCUGAUAAGACGGUGGUUGGUUCUGGAGGCCGGCUCUCGUUGUUGGUCGCCGGCAGCGUCCGUUCCGUAUCGUAAAUCGUUUAAUUAUUAAUUAAAUAAUUAAUAUUUAAUAGGUUCAAUAGUCAAUAAUCAAUAUUGAGUGAUGGCUGAAUGAUCGAUAUUUACCGUCACUGGUGCAAUGAUGCGAUAAUUAUCGAUGGAAAACUCUGACCAGGAGACUUCGGCUACGGUCACUUUAGCGACGCCGGCACCGUCGACAUCAACAGAUGUGAACGAGACCGAACGCCACCCAAAAAAGAAAAAGCUGUACAGGCAGCAUUUUGUGGCUCUCUUGGAACGAUGCGAAAUCAUACAGCAGGACAACGAACGUCUAGUACACAGGAUACAUCAAGUGGCCAAACAGUUGAGACGGAUCCGAUUGGAGCGAAGGUUUAUUAUGGAUCGAUUGGACACGCACAAAGACAACUGGAGAGAAGCUGAAUUAAAAAUAGAUCUAGGAACUGAUUUGCCUUUACCUGAAGCAGUCAAUUUAAAAAAUCAGGGAACUGUAGAAACACCCAACGGGAAAAAGAAUUUGAACAUAAAAUCCACUGAAAAAAAAGAUCCUAAUUUGCCAAAAAGACCGGCAAAUCCAUUUUUUAGGUUUUGUCAAGAACAAAGACCAAUUGUACUUGAUCAAAUCAUUAUGUCAGGUGAAGGGGAACCAACGAAACAAGAUCUUACAAAACGACUAGCAAUUACUUGGAAUACUAUGGAACAUAAUGAUAAAAAAGUUUAUUAUGAUAUGUACGAGAGAUCUAAGGAAAAAUAUGCUGCAGAUAUGGAAGAGUACACACUUAAUAAAUCUAUAAAUAACGUACAAACAUCUAGUUUCUCAUCUUCACAAUAAAAUUGUAUUUAAUUAAGUAUUAUUCAAAUUGUGAUUUCAAGUUUCAAUAUAUGUGUGUGUGAUGUAUCAUUCACAACUUAUUUGUAUUCAAGUGUAUGAAAAUGUAUUAUUGCAAUAAAACAAGUAUUAUUUUUCAUAAA